UAGAACAGGUGCAUGUGCUUGAAGACAUGACAUAACAGAAUUCAGCAAGCCAUGCACUACCAUUUCCAAAAUUGUAUUAAAUGCGCUUCAAUGUUUUUCUUUGAAAGCAGAAUUCAAAAAGUAUUUCAACUCAACACUGCUUCUUCCGUGCCCUGAAGAUGGUUCCUGCAAAUUGCCGCAAUGCUUCUGUUCUUUGACUGGCACCGAACCGCCAAGAAGUCUUAAUGCUGCGAAUGUACCUCAAAUGGUGAUACUCUCGUUUGACGAUGCCAUUACGGAUCGAACAAUUAAUGUUUACAAAUCGCUCUUUAAUGGAAGGCAUCGCAACCCAAAUGGAUGUGCUAUUAAAGGAACGUUCUUCAUUUCACAUCAGUGGAAUAACUAUGAUCAAACGCAAUGGCUAUAUGGCCAGGGCCAUGAAAUCGCUCUGAACUCAAUAACACAUGAAACCCUAGCCAAUAAAUCCAAGGAGCGAUGGAGGCACGAAAUGAUUGGGUUGAAAGAAUCACUUGAGGCUUUCAGCUACGUCGACAAAGAGUCGAUCAAAGGGGUUCGGGCCCCUCAGCUUCUGAUUGGAGGUGACGCACAAUUCCAAAUGAUGGAAGAGGAGAAACUCUGGUAUGAUAACUCUAUGCCUGUCAAUGAGGGACCGUUGUGGCCUCAAACAUUAGACCACAGUUUGUCUUGGGACUGCUCUGGACAGAACUGUCCACGGCGCCCUCACAAAGGUAUUUGGAUGGUUCCUCUUCAACUUUUGCAAGCAAAUAAUGGGAUUUGGCAUAACACCGCAAGAGCAGCUUUAAAACCAACGGAUUCCCGUUCAAGCGUGAUGCAGUUCCUUCGUAACAAUUUCUACAGGAACUACAAUACAAAUCGUGCCCCUUUUAUUCUUACUGCAGAUACAGACUUCUUAACUUACUUGCCAGAUAAUGGAGUAGUAUUAGCCAUCAACGACUGGCUUACUGAGGUUGGGGAGCAGGACGUUUAUGUGGUUACCGUAAAGCAGGUGAUUAGUUGGAUGCAAACUCCCGUAGCCCUCAGUGAAGCUUCGAAAUUCAAGCCUUGGCAAUGUGAGCGUCGUCUUAAGGAUCACAUGCAGCCAUGCGAGGUGAUGUCUGCUAAGCUUCCACAAAACAUCCAAGGAUCUCUUCCUGGUAAUUGCGGUUCGAUCUGGCUUUGGGUCCAAGCUUUAUAA